AUGUCAGACCUACGUAGUCCAGAGGAGAUUGUUAAGCAGGCUCUCAGGGUAGUCGUCGGAACUCUGUCCUCUAAUCUCGAACUUCUUAAUUCGCACUCCGUCCACUUUCUCCCCUCAAACACAUGGGAGAAGUGUUACGGCCUGGCACUGGGUCAUGAGCUGGAAAAAUUUAAAGUACCCGAACCCGGCGACCGGCUAACCUGCAUUGAUGAUCAUCCAAUCACCAUUGCGUCGCUCUACUUCGAGUUGAGGCAGGCCUUGCUUACGGGGGACUCCGAUGAAUUGGAAAGUUUGCACAGGAACCUGACUCGUCGCAGCAAGGAUUCACGUGCGAAGACGUCUGCACCUGUGGCUUCAGAGGUGAAGGGGAGUCUGCGCGAUCUCCUCUGUGAGGCUGUUGCAGCCUCACUGCCCGUAUUGUGUGCACUUCGGAGCCCCUUUUCUUUCUUUCCUUGCACGGAUACUCCAGCAUGUUGUGCUUUCUGCGAAAGCAAGACUGCUGCUUCCGCGCGCCCUGUAAGUUUACGUACACAUUUUGUGCGGCCUUAACAGUUUAUUUGGUGUUGCAUUAAUCUCGAUGAUCAAACAAUUUGGUACUGGGCAUGUAGAGGUAAUGUUAUCCUUAUAGUAGUAAGACUCGGGGUUGGAAGGGGGCGAAAUCACCUCGAGUCAAUUCUAGUGAUUGCCUCAACUGUUCUCAAACUUUUGACAGACGAGCAAAUAGAGUGACGAGCUUCGGUCUCAGUGGAGGAUGCCAAGGGAUUAAUAGGUGACCUUAAUAAGUAUUUUGUGGACUGAUAUUCAAAAAACGACCACUAAACCCUAUGCCAUCCUAAGCGCAGAACACACGGACACUGACGUCGUCAAUCCUCUCAGCGUCCACCACGUCACUCAACCCUAAUUUUCAGAGUUAACGUCGAAUUUUUGCACAGAAUUUGAAAGAGCAUUUGAAAAGUUCAGUUUCGAAGAAAUGACGCCAACUUUAUUCAUUGUCUGAUAUCGAAUUCCAGUGAAGUUCACUGUUUGCCGAGGUGAAAGGUAGACUCUCUCUCUCUCUCUCUUCUUUUUCUUUUUCAUCAUCAUCAUCAUCAUCAUCAUCUUCUUCUUCUUCUUCUUCUUCUUCCUCCUCAUCAUCAUCAUCACCGUCAUCACCACCACCACCACCACCACCACCACCACCACCACCACCACCACCACCACCACCACCACCACCGCCAACCCAAUUUUUUGAACUAUUAUUUGCGACCCGUCCGAUUCUCACGGAUUUUGUUUUCUGCACAGACCCCCUCCGAUACUUCGCCGAAGUCCAACAUUCUUCCUAUGGCCGCGAUGAUGCAGUCAGAUUUAUUCAUAAACCAUGGCAUGAAUGCGAAGAAGGCUCACGAGGUGAAGGCAUUUGGUCGCCUUUGUGCCCAAAUCUACCGCGAUCGCUCACUGGAUGAGGUAGGUAUAGUUACUGCCUGACACCCAAAUGGGUGGGGUCUGACUAAGCCCGAGUUGUACCUCGUCACUCAAUUUACUCUCAUCGAUACCUAGUAGACAGUCUUCUUCAGAACAAGUGGUCGAUUUUUGUUGAGCGUUCAGCAGUCAGAAGAUACACGAAGCAGUGGCCACCGUAGGCGUGGCCACUGCAGCUGAUAUCACCUCUUGCCGUCUAUAGUUGCGGAUAGAGCUUUCUAACUGAGUAUUUGUGUGUAGGAUCAUUAUACGAGUCGGGAAGUUGACCAAGUAAAUUGUGUGACAGAAAGAAUUAUUUUUGAACGCAAAUUUUCAGAGGGCUCUGUUGGGCUCAGUUAAAAGACCCACUCAAGCCGUCUUAUGCCCGGUCGACCAACCAGCCGAUUAUUAUCCACGACGACUGUUGAAUAAAUUACACGACUCUGUCUGCCACGGACCGGAUCCAGCUGGAGGCAGAAACACGGUAUCUGACCGGUUGCUCUGAAAUGACUCUCGAAGCCCCACUUUGACUCAUUCCCUACUCCGUUCUGUCUCCUUCCUAUGUCCUACUGAUCUUUUCUAUCGUAAACAAUGAUGACUCGCAUGUGGAUAGGUUUUUAGGGAAGUGCGUUAGUACGGCAUCUACCACAUACCCUAUUCCCACACACAGUGUGCCAUUGGCCAGAUUCGGGCCUAUUUUGUGGUCAGCAGAAUAUUUUGUCUACGCGUGCCACACGCGACCUGGUUACCAUUCUACGUGAAAUAGCCUCAAGGUGGUCUUGGGUCUCUAGCUAGCUAGCGGUAGCCACCAAAGUUUAAUCCUCGAUUCUGGGCAGAACCGAGUUAUUCCGUUCGUUGGAAAACACCAAAGCCACGGUUGUUCGCACGUUGUGACCUUUUAGUGGGCGCUAUAUGAGGCCCUACUAAUUCCUGAGGCACAUAUCCUUUUAAGCAAUCAGGUCCAUACAUCAUUUGGGUGUGUUUCUGCGUGUAGAGUAAAAUAAUGUGCUUUACAGGGGGUCGCGUGGGAGAUACAGUUGGCCACUGCGAAGAUCAGCUUAUGACACAGUCAGCGUUGACCAGGCCACACAGGGUCCGCGCAUCCCAUAACAAAUGGCACACAUGGAGUGUGUUGGCACGCGUGGACGCAGGCUCGCGCCGCGCCGACCGCUUGCGUUCAAUUCCAGCACCAGAUGGCUGACCAGAUCGGAUAGCGAGCUGGUGCACGGGAGAUGGAGGGGAGGGUUGGGUCGACACUGCGGAAUCCGCUUCCUCGGCACCUCAGCAGAUUCCUCACUAUACGCAGUUCUGACGCGCGUGAAACUAUCACGACGAGCCAAAAGUCAUGGCUUGUAAAGCUGUCGACUGAAAAGGUAGCUCGAUCAUCCUUUUGGGACAGAGAGUCGGGCUGCAAUGGCUCCUUACCACGGUCUCUAUGGUAUUUGCAGUCAGAGGGGAUCCAAGCUGUCCCCUUUGCUCAGUGAAGGGCCGAUCGAUCGCGCGCCGAGCGCCCGUGUGUGGCACGCGUAGAUGGCUUGUUUAGCUUUGUCAGCCACUGCGCUCGAGUCCGCCGCAGGUCGCCCUGACCCUGUCAAUCCAUCGGACCAAAUAAGUCGAGGGUGGAGGAAGCUCUGGGGAUACUACGCCUGUCUGCUAUCACUGUAAGCUGGGACCCACAUUGUGUACAUUGCCACCCGCCACUGUUUUCAGAGUGACGUAAAAUGGGAGGGGGGGAUUGGGUUGUGCUGUCAUAUCGCUUAUUAUCGUGAACGCGCAUGUGCCCGAAUACGAAGAGCCCUAAAGCCAAAAAUGCUGGUCGUCAGAAGUAUAUGUUUACAAUUUUCAGGUUGAAGUCCGCACCCGGCCCUUUUUUCCGCACCUUAGGUGGCCGACGUUGGCAGCGGCAAAGGUUACCUGGGCACCUACUUGUCACUGGCGCAUGGCAUACGCGUUCUGGAGAUCGAUUCGCGAGAGGUAAAUACCCGUAGCUCCAAACAACGUCGAGUGAAUGUGCAAAAGUUUUGGAAUCUCCAGAGUCACAAGCAGACCGCUGCAUCCCCGCGAGAAAAGAGGCAGCAGCAGGAGGUGGAGGUAUUCCAGUCGGACUGCGCGAGCCUCACCUGUUCGGUGACCUCGGCCUCGCAACUCGAUUCGCUGCUCGCUCAGGCAGCCAGGCGGCCGGCCCCCCGAUGCAUGCUCACUGGUCUGCACUCCUGUGGCGGUCUGAGCGUGACUCUGCUGAGGACCUUCGUGGAGUCAUCUAGGGUUGAAGCUCUGGUCAACGCUCCCUGCUGUUACCACCUCCUCCAGGAAGCCGGUGGCAGCUCUGGUGACUUCGUAGAGCGCCUGGUUCCCUCCACUGUCGAUGCCCCACAAGACGGUGGUAAGUAUUCCGAUUCCAAUGCAGCAUGCAACUUUAUCGUGUCUUGCGGACAUUUACCUCCGCCACCCGACAGGCGACGUGUGUAAGCAUCGCGAUCAAACAGUCUCCCACGUUAACGUUGGUUUUUUCACCUUUUAGGCUGCCGAGGGUUGCUACCUUUUCCAAAGGUCUCCUUACGUAGACAGGACACGAGAGUUGAGUGCAUGGUAAUUUUGAUUCGCGCAGCAAGUAAGCACAGACUGUACGGGAGUCAGGACAGUUCAGCUAAUUACACAAGUAUUUCAGGAGUAGACCGACAAAAGCAGAAUUAGCGAGUAUUUGAGACAAAAUAAAUAUUUCCUGUUACUAGUAGACAGAUCCAAAAUGCUUUGAGGAAUCACUCGGACCCUACAAGCACCCGGCACGCUGAUGUAACUUGGAUUAUUUUGGUUGAGGAUCAGUAUGUUAGUGGCAUUCGAGAGGCGGAUCGCGGUCCUCCCCAGGGCUGAAUCAGAUUAUAAUGGCUCCUCCCUAAUGUGGGCUGUACGGCAUUCCCACCCAUGUGAGGCGAGCUGCUCUCACAGUAGCCUGACAAGUCUGGAGUGGGGACCAGGUCGGGCGCCUGGCACUCGUAGAGGGGCUGCUGCACACACCCCAACCUCAGGUCGCCCUGACUGUCUGUCCUACCAUCGGAUCAAGACAGAUGAGGGCGGAGAGAGUGCGGUAGAAGCUGUGCAAGUCUGCCUACCAACGAACCAGUUCACGCCCAGUUGCCGGUGUCGCGCCCACUCCCUGUGCUGGUCGCACCGUCAGAGACGGGAAGAAAUGCCUGGUUGGCCACCACCCAUUCCGGCGUCCGCUCGUCCUGGUCGAGUCUCCCUACUGGUACACACCGUGAGAGGAAAGAAUAAGGCCCAUUUUGUGAUACCUUUCCCCACUGUAGUCAGUAUUACGCACAUUUGGGCUAUUACGGUGCUUUAAAAGUAGUGGCAUCGAGGGUUGCCAACUGACUGACAGUCUGAUUGUACUGGCUGCAUAAAAACCCUAAUCUCUAUAAAAUUCACCCCAGAUUGAAGUCAGUUUUGGCAAUCCUACCUACGUGAUACACACUAUACGGGUGCGGAUAUCUGAUCGUUUACUGCGUCCACAACAUCUCCAAUUGUAUGGUCUUAGUCACGCUACCAGUACACGUCCCUCACUAUGAUCCCGGCCGAACACCCCUGAAUACGUCGCACCAGGGCUAAAAAAACCACUGCCAGCAUCACCGAUCAAUAUGCGUUAGAUCCGCUCUACCUGUCUACCCGGAGUCAGCGCUUUCCGACAUCGUAUGGGUACCUUCAGUCAUAUGCGCCUCCACUAAAGCAAUCGCCUAAACACCACUCAUUGCGCGCACAUCAACCAUAAGGCAAAGUUUGACAAAUUCGUUGAUAGCGGGUAGAUGUAGUUCUGGGGUGCAUUAAACGGAGGUUUCAAGCCACGUCAGUCACUGUGCCCAGUCCUAUCUUGAGUCAGGCUUCUUGUUGGCAGGACUUUCUUCCAAUCCACAUCCAAGAUUUACUCUCCCAUUCGUUGACAGAUAAAAACACCCGUCGAAACUCACGAUGCGCUGACAGUCACAUCUUGGAAGGUCGCUUACUGACGGUGUAACCCGAUCAUACCAAGAACCGAGUGGUAGAGGGGCGCUCACCUAUCGUUUCUACGGAACUCACUCGUCCCGUUGUGCCUUAGGGCUCUCACUCGAGUCCAACCAGCAGCCGCACAGCAGCGCAUGAUAUAGACAGAAUGCUACUACCGACAAAGACAAGGGAGACUGAAAUGACCAUUUCUGGCUUAUUAGCCGUUGUCAGCCAGUCAUACCAAACCCUGAAGUGUGGAAUACCUGGGGCUCGAACUCGCGACCUGUUCUGUCUAAUAAGCCCGAAGUGGCCAUUCCAGUCUCCCUUGUCUUGUUCGGCAGUAUCAUUCUGCCUAUAUGAUGCACCGCUGUGCGACUGCUGGUUGGACCCGAGAGAGAGACCAUAAGGCACAACAGCACGAAUGAGUUCCGUAAGAACGGUCGGUGAGCCCCCCCUACCAUUGUAUAUUCCCGAUUGAAACUGACAGGGCAAUGGGCUUGUGGCCCAGUGGUUAAAGGCGUUGGACUUCUAACUAAAAGGUCGCAAGUUCGAGCCCCAGGUGUUCCACACUUCGGGGUUGGGUAUGACUGGCUGACGACGGCCAAUUAGCCAGAAAUGGCUUUGUCGGUAAUACCAUUCUGCCAAGAACCGAGUGUCAGUUUGCGGUGGCUCCUUUAUGGCACCAUCACUUACGUGCGACCCGAGGUUCCUAGCCGAAUUCUACCUCAUACAAGGUAAUGGAUCAGCACACAUGCCGUACGCGUAGACGUGGUUUCAGUCUCUUUAGCCACCUUGCCCUUACCCCCCUCCAGUUAUACUCACGUCGACCGCCCACCGGGACACACCUAGGCGAGAGAAGAGCAAGUGAGGUGAAUGCUACACCACACGUCGCUACUGUGUCGUCUCGGGGCCAUUAGUGGUCUUUAUUGCAUUUGACGGGCGAACUUAUUCCAUGUCGCCUCGUCAGUCACACGUUCUUCCCCAUUCCCAGGCAAUAGUGGUCCUUGUGGGAUUCGAUGGACAAACUAUCAGAGACCAGUCGACGGAUGCAGAUGUGCAGCGCAGACCGGCCUCGUUCCCCGUUGCUUCUUAAUCCCACAGCCAUGCUCAGGGAUUCGUACACGCAAUUUUCAUUUGAGUUCUUAAUACUGAGGAGAAACUAGGUGGUCGAGCCGUUUGUUUGGAUCCGACCACUUAACGCACAAUAGGACCGAUGAUCCACCAAGUCAGACGGUCAGUUUAGCGGCAGCGAACAGUCACUACGGCCAGCCUACGAAAACUAGACGCGCGCAGCCAAGUAAAAUCUGCGAAACAUCUGUCUGCACUUUUAACUGGCACAUGUUGUGGAAAGUAGAGUGAAACCAUUUAAAGGUCUUUUUUAUUCAAUGUUCAGCAAACUUGGCUGUUCAGCAAUUAGCAGAGCUUUCUCAUUCCUUGCCAAUCCUGGGCUUGGUUAGCGAUGACAGGGCUGUCUGUUGACGUACCAACUCUGCAUGUUCCCCAAUUUCGCCCUUAACGAUGUCCCUGUAGUUUGCUUGCAUUUGCGACUCAAUGGGGGGACCGUCAGCCCCAAGUAUCUUAACAGACACACACCUUGGUUUCCAGGCUGA